AAGGGAGUUAAGGGAAAUCCCGCUAAAGGUGAGUAAUUCCCCCAACAGAGGCGAAUAAAAAGGGCCGCCAUUGGUCUAGAUCGGUCAGUGUGAAGACAACAGCCGUAGGAACCACAGAUCGACUGACAAUCCCCCUAACAGGAUGGCGACGAAGAGCAGUUCCCACAUGUUCCUUAUCGUGUGCUUCUGUCUCGCCCUGACGGCACAGCAGGCGAUGUCCCACGGCUACGGCUACGGCAGGUGGGGUCACAGGCAACCGAGCUAUCACAAGCCGUACGGUGGAUACGGUGGAUACGGAAGCCAUGGUGGCAGUUAUGGUAGUUAUGGCAGUCACGGCAGCCAUAGGCAAUACGGCAGUAGUUAUGGGAGCUACGGAAAUCGAGGAAGCGGACACACAAGCUACGGAAAUUACCUGGGUCGCCCCGUUACCAUUACUUCAGGAACACACAAUGUCAUGCGCCCUGGAAGUCAGUUUCAAGGCAGCGGAAGUGGAGUCUCCCCAAUUCAGGGAGUAAGUGGAGUCUCCCCAGUCCAGGGAGUGAGUGGAGUCUCCCCAGUCCAGGGAGUGAGUGGAGUCUCCCCAGUCCAGGGAGUGAGUGGUAUCGCCCCCUUGCAAGGCAGUGGCGAAGUGAGCCACAUUCACUUAGUGGACGCGACCUCAGGAGUGUCAGGCCCAGUGGAACCCACGUUCAUCAACUCAGGCGGACAAGACACAGUGAGUGACCUUCUCUUGGGAGGAGCCAGCGGGACUGGAGUCGACGUGACCCGGGUUGAUCUGAGGAACAGUCGUUAGAGGAGGGAAAUAGAGGUUAUGUUAGGUUACCAAAAAAUCAUUUUAAAGAGCAUAAAAAAAACAAUUACCAAAAAA